GAUUCCACAACACAAGCACUUACAAAAGAAACUAAAAAAUAAAAAGAAAAAUACACUAAACUUUUCCUUCUUUCUUGCUUUCUUCCUUUCUUGCUCCUCCAUUUUCUUGAAUCUAAAUACUAUGGCUGGAAAAAGAAACCAAAUAACCAGCCCUAUCGGAAGCCCCUUGUCAGGGAAUAUCUCUGAUAGCUCUUCCAAAGAGCAAGACCGAUUUCUCCCUAUCGCCAACGUUAGCCGUAUCAUGAAAAAAUCACUUCCUGCAAAUGCAAAAAUAUCCAAAGAAGCUAAAGAAACCGUUCAAGAAUGUGUUUCUGAGUUCAUAAGCUUCAUCACCGGUGAAGCCUCCGAUAAGUGUCAAAGAGAAAAAAGAAAGACCAUUAAUGGCGACGAUCUUUUAUGGGCUAUGACUACACUAGGGUUUGAAAAUUAUGUGGGUCCGUUAAAGAUUUAUCUCAACAAAUAUAGAGAAACUGAAGGAGAGAAAAAUUCUAUGGCUAGACAAGAAGAUCAAUCUCCGCUUGCAACUAAUGACGAAAUUAACAAAGUAAAUAGUUCUUUUUCAACUGAGGUUGACUUGCAGACCUUUAAUGGCGGAUUUUAUUCACUUGGGGCGCAAGUAAUUACUCCUAAAAGCGGCUAUGGAUAUAACUGAAGGUUUGUUGGGUAUGGAGAGAAUUUGGUGGUGCAGGUAAUUUUCAAUAUGAAUGGCAGCUAUUAGAAAUAUUAAUUAAUUAAUGUAUACAUAUAUAUAUAAAUAUCCAUGUAUGAAAAUAUAUUUAUGUUUAAGUCCAUUUCCUGCCUUUGAUCAAUUAUAUAUGAGCAUAUGUGAAAAUAGAGAAUUUCUAUGAAAUAUUUUUAUUUGAGAGAUGCGAUUUCACUAAA